AGAAAUCUCCAGCUUUAAAUUUCUAAAAGUAAUUCGAAAAAAAUAAAUGAAAUGAUGUUAUUAAUACUCUAGGGCCUGGUCAUUAUGAGCUUAAUGUCAGUCAUCUCCUUAACCUACUAACAAAGGGCUUAUCACAAGCAACAGUUUAAAUGUUUAUUUCUAAUGCACCAGGAUCUGGUUCUUAUGAUUUAGAAACUAUUAAAGCAAAAAAAAAAUAGAGUUACAUUGAAAUAUAGAACUAUUGAUAGAGCGAAUCCUACUCUUGUAAAAGGAAUUUUUCUGAUAAUCUUACCAAAUUAGUAAGCGAUGUCAUUUGGAAAGAAGUUGCAAGUUCAGAGUAAAAAAUAGUGUGUGUUUUGGAAUUACAGAAAGGAAAACUAAGUAAGAGAAAGAUGAAAAUACAU